GAUUGACACACAAUGAGGAGCAGAGGCUGGGGAGACGCUCCACAAACGCCGCUGUAAAUAAAUACAACAAUCACUGAGGCCAGAGAAACAUGGAGAACCAGUGUACAGUGCAGGUGAAGCUGGAGUUAGGCCACAGGGCCCAGCUCAGGAAGAAAGUAACAUCAGAGGGCUUCACCCACGACUGGAUGGUGUUUGUCAGAGGGCCAGAGACCGGCGACAUCCAGCACUUUGUAGAGAGGGUCGUCUUCCGCCUGCACGACAGCUUCCCCAAACCCAAGAGAGUAUGUAAGGAGCCUCCGUACAAAGUGGAGGAGUCGGGCUACGCAGGCUUCCUCAUGCCUAUCGAGGUUUACUUCAAGAACAAGGAGGAGCCAAAAAAGGUGACUUUCAACUACGACCUGUUCCUUAACUUGGAGGGCAAUCCACCAGUCAACCACCUGCGCUGUGAGAAGCUCACCUUCAACAACCCCACCAAAGAAUUCAGGAGAAAGCUGAUCAAAGCUGGAGGGGUGUUGGUGGUUCCAGAGGGAGCCGAGGCCGUGUCGAGGCCAAGUCCGGACUACCCGAUGCUCCCUACCAUCCCCCUCUCUGCCUUCUCAGACCCUAAGAAAACAAAGACGUCUCAUGUGUCAAAGGAACCCAGCAAAGAAGGAAGUGGUGGCAGCAGUAAAGGACCCAAACCACACAAGCUGACCAAGGAGCAUCGCGAACGUCCCCGAAAAGACUCAGAGAGCAAAGCCACAUCAAAAGGCGACAACGACAGAGACGGAAGCAGCAAGAGCGGCCGCGAUCCUUCAUCGUCCUCGUCGUCAAAGAAGCCGUCAGAGAUCAAAGUGAAGGAUGAAGUGAAGGUCCUACCCAAGGCUGCCUUCAAGGAGCCCAAGCUCACCCUGAAGGAGUCGAAGAUGGAGGGCAUGUCCCCUAAAGGAGGGGGGGCAGGGAGCGGAGGGGGCGGUGGGGGAGGAGGCGGGGGAGGACCCGCAGAGUCCAAAGCUCCAGGGAAAAGACCCUCCACUGUAGAGUCUCCCAAACCCAGCGCCAAGAAGCAGAAGAAGGGCAGCUCAGACGGGCCAAAAGGGCCAAGCAGCGGACCCUUCACAGGAUCUUCACCUCGUGUCUCCUCAUCGACGUCAGUCAGUCAGUCGUACACUGAGAAGAAACCUCCAAAGGACAAAGGCCGCUGGGCCAAAGGCAAAAAUGAUGCACAGGAGCCGAAGGAACCCAAGAAAAUCCCAGUGUCAGAGGAAUCAAACUCAGAGGAUGAAGCUUCUUCAAAGUCAGAGCAGUCAGCUCCUUCCAGUCCUUCCAACUCCAGUUCGAGCUCUGACUCUAGUUCAGAUUCAGAUUUUGAGCCGGGACAGAAACAAGGACAAGGUCCCCUUCGGUCAAUGGUGGAGGAGAUCCAGUCAGAGGAGUCAGAUGAUGAUGACAGCAGCUCGGAGGAAGAGACGCCUAUCAAGACGAACCCCCCUAAUCGCGACUCUCGACUCAGCCUGGACAGUGAGAGUGACAGCAGCGACGGCUCGCACAGCCCCAGUCGAGGCCUCGCCCCUCCCCCACAGAAACACAACCCCUCCAACAACAAAGUUUCAGGCAGAAAGAGUCCUGAUUCCUCGUUCCGCUCAGAGAAGGUGUUGAAGAAGGGAUACGACAAGGUAGGAAGGGCCUACACAGAAGAGUUGGUGGACCUCCAUCGCAGACUGAUGGCUUUAAGGGAGCGUAACGUCCUACAGCAGAUUGUAAACCUGAUCGAAGAGACGGGCCACUUCAAUGUCACCAACACCACCUUUGACUUUGACCUCUUUUCACUGGACGAGUCCACAGUCCGCAAACUACAGAGCUAUCUGGAGGCGACGGCCACGUGACAGGAAGUAGGGCCCGGCAUGGGGGAGGUGGCUUGCAGAUGGCGGCAUCAGAGGCGGAGGUAGACUCGCCACCAUGUCUCCUUUUUUUUUUCCUUCAACAAGGGGACGAAGAGCCACAUCUGUCGCAGCUGUCUCCCAGGCCUGACUGAACCAUGGAACAAGUACCACACAAACAGAAACACACGAACAAACACAAGCACACAUGAAGACACAGCGCCUUCAGGUGAGGCUGAGGGAGGAAAGGAGGAGGAGGAGAUGAACUCCGUCUGCAGUCAGGAUUUUCACUACACAUCUUUUUUUUCCUUUUUGAGUCUGAGGAAUGCACCCCUCACCCCCUCCUUCACCCUCCUGCACUCUUAUUGCUCCUGCCUUUGCAAAGCCAA